UGUUUCAUGAAUGAUUCUAUAGCAUAGAAAUAUAUUUUUGUAUUCUAGGAUACAGUUUUUGCAAUGAUUGAAGAAAGACUUUCGGCUUGGACUUUCCUUCCUAAAGGGAAUGGUAGUCCUCUAUAUGUUAGCCGCUAUGAACUUGAGGAGGCCGAACAAAACCUGGAUUAUUUCGGCAAUAAAACCAGGCGGGAUUUGAGCGAGCCUUUGUUGGCAACCGUGAUCUUGUAUCUUUCAAAUGUUACCCACGGUGGUGAGAUUCUUUUCCCCCACACAGAGCCAAAGAGCAAGACGUGGUCAGAUUGUACAAAGACCAGCAACUUCCAGAAACCUGUCAAGGGAAACGCCGUUUUGUUCUUCACGACUCACCUCAAUGGAUCUCCGGACGGUAGUAGCUCGCAUGCUCGAUGCCCUGUUCUCGAAGGAGAAAUGUGGUGUGCCACCAAAUUCUUCUACCUGAGGGCUGUUCCCAGAGAAACCAUCUCAUCCCGCUUUGGCAGAAACGAUGAAUGUUCGGACGAAGACGCCAGCUGUCCUCAUUGGGCUUCUAUCGGGGAAUGUCAAAGGAACCCGGCUUUCAUGGUUGGUUCUCCUGAUUACUAUGGUACGUGCAGGAAGAGUUGCAAUGCUUGCUGAACAAGAAAUCACUUCCCAUAUGAUUUGAUUCCAUUGUUCUGACAAUAACCAGUAUAAAGUAGUUUCUUCUUUGUAAUUUCAUAUACUCUGUUUCCAGAUCCUUUUGGCUUG